CGCCGCGUAGCCCGAUCUCCACAUCAUUCGGAAGAGUCGCAAGAAUAUCGCUCAUACAGUCCUGCCAAGCUACUGUGCCUGCUAAUCCCGUGUUUCUCUGACUUUCUCCCUCUCUCCUUCUUUAUUUCUCCAUCUUUGUCUGCUCUCUUUUCUGUCGGUACCACUUGCGUGCGCGCACGUGUGUAUACGUGAGUGAAUGGGUUAUUUUUUGAUUUUUGAAUAAAACAAGAUGCUGAUCUCGCAAGAGGUGAUCUCUAAAGCAGAAGAAAUCGCUGAUCAGGUAAUCCGAAAUGGAAAACAUAUAUUACCAACCCUUGCAAGAGUUUGCCUCAUAGCUACAUUCUUAGAAGAUGGGUUGAGAAUGUGGUUUCAAUGGUCGGAACAAAGGGAAUUUAUGAACAGUACAUGGGGGUGUGGUACUUUCUUAGCUACAAUAUUUGUUCUGGUCAACUUGAUUGGACAGCUUGGAGGAUGUGUGAUGGUUAUCGGAAGAUGGAAAGUCAGCAUAGCUUGUGGAAUGUUGUUCUUCAUAGUUGUCUUGCAAACAUUAGCUUAUAACAUUCUGUGGGAUGCAACAUUUCUGUUCAGAAAUUUAGCACUGAUAGGUGCUCUUCUUCUCGUUCUUGCUGAAUCGAGAGUAGAGGGAAGAUCAUUAUUUGCUGGAGUACCAAGUCUCGGAGACAAUAAGCCUAAAAAUCUGCUUCAAUUAGCUGGCAGAAUUUUAUUGGCAUUUAUGUUUACCACGUUAAUUCGUAUUGAAAUAUCGUUCCUUCAAAUAAUGCAGGAUAUUCUUGGAAGUAUUUUGAUGGUCUUAGUAACUAUUGGAUAUAAAACUAAACUCAGCGCAUUAUUACUUGUAUUGCUACUAUCUGCUCUUAAUCUUUAUCACAAUGCAUGGUGGACCAUUCCAGAAUAUAAAGCACUUAGAGAUUUCCUUAAAUACGAUUUCUUUCAGACAUUGUCAGUGAUCGGUGGCCUUUUAAUGAUAGUUUCUUUAGGUCCUGGAGGUGUAUCAAUGGACGAACAUAAGAAAGAAUGGUAGAUGUCAUCAUGUCACCUGAAUACGUAUCAUUACUUUGUCAGAAUCAUUGAGUAAAAAAGUCUCCCAUUCCUGUUCCUUUCUAUGCUCAACUGAAUUUAUAAUAAGUUCACCAACUCUUUUGGAUAAAAGUUGUAGUAUACAUGAUUGUGAAUUGUUUAAUGUGGACAAAGACAAUGUUGAGGUAUUGUUAUGUACUUACUUUAAGAUGUCAUACAUUAAAAUACAUGAAAUUAUGGAAAAAAACAAAACAGAAGAAAUUCCAGGAUAGUAAGAUUUAUAUUUAAGACAUAAACAGAAAGAAGACAACGCCAAGACUAAUUUAUAUUAUGAAGAAUGGCAUUGUACAUAUGACACUGCGUUUAUUGAGGAAAACAAAAUAUAUUUUUUCUGUGUGUUUUUAAUUUUCUCUCCAGUUUUGAUCAUAAAUCCUCAAUGGAUUUAUAUGCAUGAUUAUAAUAUGUCAGUGUAUUCUUCCAUAAAAAUACAAUAACUUUAACUGUUUCGUUUAAUAGAAAAUAGAAAAAUGAAAAUAUCAAGUUUUCAAGAUUUUUAUACGAUUAAAUUAUUGUAAAUAAAUAUUCCAUUUCAAACUUUU